AUGUUCAGCCUUAUCUGCAUCUUCUCCCUUAUUGCGGCUGCUUCAGCAGGGAUUGUACAUCCAGCCCCAUUAAUAGCACCUGGAGUUCCUGCACCAAUAGUUACUGCACGGAGUAGUCAAGUAAUUGCAAGGAAUUACAAUACAUUUGCGGCAGCUCCUUUGGCUUACACUGCGCCAGCUGCUCUUGCUGCACCAGCUGCCAUUGCUGCUCCAGCGGCUAUUGCUGCACCAGCUGCUUUUGCUGCUCCAGCAGCCCAUCCAUUUGCAUACUCCGUACCAGCUCAUCCAUUUGCGUACUCUCUACCAGCUCAUCCACUUGCAUACACUGCACCAGCAGUCGCAUCUGGACCAUUAGUUUUUAAAAAGUAA